CAUUGACAACUCGAGGACAAUAACGAUGUAAAUUUAAAAAACGGAGAAGUUUCAAUUAGCUUUGGUUGGCUUCUAAUUAGAAAAAGAAUGUUCUAGCGUCCGUUGUCAAGGCGACAAGUACACGAAUCUUCUCAGCUGUGAAAUAGUAAGAUCGACCUCUCCGUCAUUUUUCUAUGCAACCCGAACAAACCGCGACUAUUUGCCUACUGUCGCUGAUUAGCCUUUAAAAUCCUAUAGACCUGUUUCUUUUUAAAAAACAGGAGUGAGUCCUCUUAAUAAGACUAAAAACAACGAUGGAGAUGAUAAGCAUGGCAGGGCAGAAAUGCGAGUUUGAGCAGACUUUUUCUUUUUCUCCUCUUCCCACAAAGAAGCCCUCUUUCCUACAAGAUAAAGACACAUUGGCACUGUUAAUGAAAUGGUCCAUGCUUGGGAGGAUUUCAGCUAAAUGUUACAGCUUUGACCAAAGCUUUCACCCGUACAAUAGUGCCACAUUUGCAUCAUGUUUCUUCAAAGAUCCCAACGUAGUUUCCAGUUUGAGGAUCAUGAAGGAUGGAACCUGGGUGCCUCUUGACAAGCCAGUGGUGUGUGUUGAUGUGGAGCAGGUGCCAUGUACUAAAGUCUCCAUGGAGCUGUUUGACCCUAUUUACUCCAGUGGGAUCCUGAGGCCCUCUGGACAUGUAGUUAAAUGCUUUCAUGAUGUCUACCCAGAUUAUGAUGAACUCAGACAGAUGUUGCAGGAGGAGGACUCUGAGCACUACUACAUGAUUCGGAGAGAGCAGCGAAGAGAAUUUCUGUUUCGUAUCUUCAAGAACCUGUGUUUUGGAGGAGAGCUCUGUCAGUUUGAGGACACAAUAGGGCCUUACAUUAGCACCACAAAGCUCAUCUACAAAGACCUGAUCAGUGUUCAGAAGGAUCCAGAGACCAAGGAGAUCAGUGUCGUCUCCAUUGUCCUCAAAGUUUGUGCCCAUGAUGAAUCUGGGAGAUGUUUCCCUGCGAGACAAGAUGAGGAGCAGACGUUUGCCUAUUUGAUUGUGGAUCCUUACAAAAGACACGUGACUUUGUUUUACCACAGUUACGGUGUUGGGAACUUUACAAUGUGACAGAAAUGUACCAGACUCGUGGUAGACUUCUUAUGUGUGUAUUGACACAUGGGAUCAGAGGGGGAGAGGACCCUGUAAAAAAGAAUAAUUGUUUUGUUCUGUUAAUGUUUAUCAAUACAAAGAUUAUUACAGACUUAAAAUAUGCCUGAUUUAUAACUUAUGUUUGGCCUUCUGUAGUCUAUUAAAAUGUAACACUUAAAGCUCCAAUUAGGAGCUUUCUGUUUGUGUCGGUUUUGGCACCUCCCGUGGACAAAGCCUUUGCAGAUUUUGUCCUGUACAUAUAAAGUAUUUUCUAUUAAAGAAAGUAUCAUCCUGCUAUCUUUCAACAGUGAAACGUGUCACUUUGAA